CGGCCUCCCCCCUCCUGCCGGCCCAGAUGGUACAGUCCACAUGCGGUUCGGAGAUGUUGCUGAGGAGCUUCCAGUCUCCAGCGCUCCUCUGCCAGGGAUGCUUCGCGCGCUUCUCUUCACGAUGCUCUUUUCUGCGCGGAGCCGCGGCUCGCUGCUUUUCGUUCUCUUCGUCAUUUCAGGUGCCGUGUGCAGUCAGGUGGUGGUGCCUAAGAGAGUGAGAGCUGUGCUGGGAAAGAACGUGACUUUAGACUGCCGGGUGGAAUUUGGCACAAACCUUACUCUGACUCAGAGCUCCUGGGAGCGCCGCCUACCUACAGGCCCGGUCACGGUGGCCGUGUAUAACCCAGACCUCGGCACCUUCAUCCCUCCAGAGUACAUCAACCGCUUGCAUUUCCGCUCGCCCUCCUCUCAUGAUGCCACCAUAGUACUAGGAAACGUGGGCUUUUCUGACGUGGGGAUCUACACCUGUAAGGUGGCUACGUUUCCUCUGGGAAACACUCAGGCCUCUACCACUGUUAGUGUGCUUGUGGAGCCAAAGGUCUACGUUUCUGCUGGCUCAGCUGCCCUGAUCGAUGGUGGCAACGACACUGUGGUGGCCACCUGCAUCGCUGAGCGAGCCCGGCCCCCCGCCGAGGUGUCCUGGGAGUCCAACCUGUUCGGUCAGUCGGAGGUACAGCUGUUUGACGAUGUCAACGGCACAACCAGCACACAGGUGCGCUACAUCUGGCAGCCCACACGCCACAUCCAGGGCCACGCGCUGACCUGUGUGGUCCGUCACCCUGCCCUGCAGAGCGACUUCAGGAUCCCCUACCAGCUCAACGUGCAGUUUGCUCCAGAUAUAUCCGUUGUUGGUUAUGAUGGAGACUGGUACGUUGGCCGAGAGAACGUCCAGAUGACCUGCAAAGCUAACGCCAACCCACCGGCUCAUCACUUCAGGUGGAUCAGAUUGGACAAUGAAAUGCCAGAGGGCGUGGAAAUGAGAAACAACACUUUGCUUUUCCUUCGUCCUCUUCACCGGAACGACUCCGGCGUUUACAGGUGCGAGGUUGCCAACGACAUUAACCUCCGCAGUCGAGAUGUGCGCAUCCUCAUACAAGACCAGUCCCAAGCCGAGCGGUCCAACUCCAUCACCGUGGCCGGAGCUGUGAUGGGUGCAGUCCUCGCUCUCUUCCUCAUCGCCGUCUUCAUCAUUGUGGUUCUCACUGCUCGGAAAGCCCCUCCCGCCACCUAUACCGACAAAGUGAUUGACCUUCCUCCGACUCACAAGCCCCCCCCUCCGUAUUCGGAGAGAGCACCGGCUGUUCCUCUGGGAGUCCACGCAUCACAAGUGGCCUGGCUGUGUCAGGCCCGAAGAGGAGAGCAAAGGUUAGACCAGCGCCACCCCGCCGCAGCGAGACCCAGACCACCAUCAGAACGGCAGCGCCCCCACCUGGAGUGGGUAUGUCAUCAGAGCGGGACAGACCGGGUUUACAUCAACCAUCGUGAGCACUAUGUGUGACAGAUCUCCUGAACACAUUCCACCAAUCAGCGGCAGUGGCUCUGCCCGAGCAGCACCCAGCAUAUGAGCUUCACCUGAUGACCGGGACACAGGAGAGGGGGGGACUGGUGGCAGCAAUGGAGGGACAUUUCUCACCAUGCAGGCAGCUUUCAUAAUAUUUUACUGCAGAAUAACGGGAAAGAGUUGAGCAUUUAGAGGGAACAGCCUGUUCUUGAUGUGAGCCGUCUCCCUGAGACGCUGAGAAUGAGCAGCUCUAGACGAACAAACUGGGAAAGGAGGGAACAUCCAGUACCGGGCACUAAACGUCUCACUCUUCUUAUUUUGGAAACUAUUCGCCUUUUAUUUAGUAGAACGGAUCGUUUUAAUGAAAAUCUGUGUUUUUAAUUCUUUCUCUGACUUAUAAACAAUAGGGGUGUUUUUCCAUUAGAGUAUGCUGAUAUAUAACCGUAGGUUUAGGAUAAGUUUUCAAGCAGUCAAAAAGUUUUCAUCCCCUUUGAAAUGUUCUAACUUUACAAGCUCAGAACUUGGUGGAUUUUUAUGGGAUUUCAUCUAACAGACAAACACGAAGUGGAUCAGAGACGAAAUUUAAAUACAUGAUAUGUGAAAAAAAAGUAUUCAGCCUUUUACUCUGCUUUCCACAUCUAGAGAAGAGUUUUACCCAUUCCUCUUGGUAUAUAGAUUAACCUCAGUCCGGUUGGAUCAAAGAUACAAGAACAGUCUGGAUUGGAUUUACACAUGAACUUUGCCUAGGCCAGGCUUUACAAAAAAAAAAGCCUUCUGGAACAGAAACACAUGUAAAACUUUCAGGGUUGGGGUUCCUGAGGACCUGCUCAUUUGUAGCUCUAAUCUGUGUUUACAGUGUUCGAUCCUUGGUUUAAAUCUCAAGUCUUUAACGGGUUUUCCCUUUGGAUCGUUCCAUAUUUAGCUCUACCUUUCUACCAGCUUCCUGCUGAGAACAAUUCAUUUUAUAUCCCUACAGCAUGAUGCUGCCCCCACCAUGUGUCACCCUGUGGUAUUGGGUGUUAAAGCUACACUGUGUGACUUUUAGCCUCCAGUGAUGCCAGACCUGUAAAUUUAGCAACUGACAGCGCUGCAUUGUCACUAAAUGAAGGAGUCUGUGUCAGUGGAAUCUGAUAGGGGAGAAUUAUGGUGUUCCUGGUGAAGACUAGGCCACCUUCAUCAAUUAAAGGUCAGACCUGCAACUUUUUCAUCCAAAACAAUACAGUUUUCUAAAGUAGUACCUCCACAGAACAUGUAAAGCUGCACAGAAUAAAAGUUAAUGUUGCUGAAGAAAAAAAAGCAUAUUAAUCAUGUUAUGAUUCCAACAUUUACAUAAAAGGAUCCUCUACCAAUAGGAAAAGUGGGUUGAUGGAGCUUAGGUGUUGAUGGAUCAUAGUAGCUCCAUGAUAGAGCUGAGAAAUGGCCUAAGGAAAACAUCAAUCAGGCUUUGGAGCCUUGGUUCUGAAUUAAGGAAGCAAAGGGAAAGUUGUUGCUUUCCUUCUGAACUACCAAGUAUAGGAUCAAUCAGAAUACCUCAUAUUGUAGCUCUUAGCUCCUGUUCCUUUACCUUCCGUGAGGUCAACAAUAAGAACUCUAUCCAGGGUAGGAAAGGAGCCUUCAGCCCUACAGAUGUCCUUACACAUCAUACACACACAUGAAUGAUUGAGGUCAAUUGUGGACUACAGCCUUCUGGAAUGUAGCUAACUGCUGAAACUUUCUGUUAUAAAACCCAAACACAUGAAGCUGUGUACGUGAACAUGUCUUACACAGGACAGGGAAUAAAUAAAGGUUUUUGAUAGACUCCAUGGAGUGGGCUGUGCCUAAAUCUCCUGUCACGCAAAAGAUUGUGAGUCCAUAUAGCUCUCAGUGGCAGCUGGAGACAUCAGGAGGUCCCUAUGCUAAAUGAAUUGGUUCUAGAAAGCAUCCUGCUUUUCUCCUGCUCCUUCCUUACUUCCUUAAAUUCAGAUAGGACUUAUUAUGGUAACAGCUGACACAGUUCUACCAUGGUUUAAGUGUCCUUAUCGAUUUGAGGUAUUACGAUCAAGCCUUUAUGUUUAGUUUGAUGUAGCAAGCAUUAGCGGACCUGGCAACUGUCAGGUAAACAGUUCCAAAGGAGAAGAGGCGAGUGCGUUUUUACCCCUUACUGACAGGGAGGCAUUAACCUUUUAGCUAUCAGCUUUACAGCAUAUCCUCCAUCAGAGAACCAGAUAUAUUAUUAGGGUCAGAUCUAAGAACAAUUGUUAGCUAAAGCCUCUUUCCAGCUGAAAUUAGCAGGUUAACGCGUGUUUAUCAAACACCGGACGGCCUGCUCACAAUCAGCAUCUGGCUCCAUCUCCCUUCUCACUGGCUAAAAAAGUUGGCAGCUGCAUGGCCAGUAACUGCAUGUUUGCCUCUGUGUUGCCCUGCGAUGGACUGGCGACCUGUCCUGGGUGCACCACGCCUCUCGCCCAUAGACAGCUGGAGAUGGGCACCAACACCCCUCGUGACCCCGCUUGGGAUAAGCGUUGAUAGAAAAUGAAUGAAUAGAAAUACUGUAACAACAGUUAAACUUUUUCCACUAUAAACAUGUUAUACAGCUAUAGAAAGCUUAGAUUCUCCACAAUUAACCACAAAGUUAUCUCUAUGGACACCAUGAGCACCAAAGCACAGUUAAUAAAGAUAUAGCAGCAUGUUAAAUCUGAAUUUUUAAAAUAAAACUUUGACUUCCUACCUCUGAAACGUUCCUGAGGCUGUAUUAUAAAUCCAGUCUUAGAUUGUUUAUAUUCCAUUUGUCCAUAAGGGUCCACAGAUACAAGUAAUCCAGUAUAUUUGUAAUAAAAACACUCCAUAAUGAGAAAAUCGCCACAUAAAGUCUGUUUUUACCAUCAGAAAAGUUUGAUCCUUUUAGCUGAUGCUUUCCAUCCUGCUAAUCACCAUAGCUUCCACAAGUAAUUCAUUUCAGGAUUAUUUUGGGGGGAAUCAUAAGUGCAAGAAUGCCAUCCAUCAAUCAAAUCAUUUUAGAUGAAUCUGGACACUUAAUUUCGGAGAAAAUCCUCUUUUUAAUACCUGUAAUGGUGGUUGUGCCAUGUUCUGUUGUUUUUUUUGUUUUUUUUAGAUCUAAUUCCCUCUUUUCAGAUGUUUGCUGUUUCAGUUUUAUUAAUGAACAGCAAUUCAUCGAUUUCCUUCCACUUCAUUUUUUAGCUGCUAUGCGUUUGUCCUUCACGCAGAAUCCCUUUAAAAUACGUCUAACUUGGUUCUAAUGUGACACAGUGCGGUACUUUUCCAAGUAACUGUAAUCGUAGUGAUUUACUUGUCUAGCACUAUAGGUGUGGCGACAGUAGUGAAAGGAUUUAUUGAAGUGAAUCUUAGUUAAAGAGUUUUAAUGCUUGGUGUUUUUAUAUUGUCCUGUGAGCCACAGACCACUGUAACAAUGAUUUACUCCACUGUGACGAGCUGAAUCUGAGCUGUGUUUCUGUGUGACCCAUUUACAUGUAUUAAAGUGCACAUUUUUUCCCA